UCGAGUCGUGCGGUUUAUCUUUUGUGCGAAAUUGUUUUAUUCGCGAAAAUAUUAUUAAUCCAGUGAAAUUUGUGCUUUUUGUUGAAAUAAAAAAAAGUAACGGACGAAGGUAAAAACUAUUUCGUUCAAGAUUUGUGUUUUACGUCAGUGAACUGGAAGUUACAUUCCCUGGCGCUGGUGUCGGGACGGGAUACCCUUAGUCUUUUUGUGUAGCGUUGUGUUUUGAGUCUUGUCGCAUCUUUGUUUUUGCGAUACCGACUUCAUCGCCCCCAAAAGUGUUAACGGUAUAUAGUUCAAUGUUGUCACACUGACACUUAAAAGGAAGUAGUAGCGUCGGUAUUUUACUACCUUUUUUCGGUUCUUUUAUUUUGCUGUCAUUAAAGUUUUUUCGUGUAUGAAGGUUGUUUUCUUUUUGUUUUCGGUGAAAAAGAAUUAUGGCUUUAGUGCGGUUAAGAGAUGGUGGUGUUUCCCUUCUGCCCAUCACUAGGGUAGAUUAUUACAUUCCAUGAAUGUGUCGAUGGAGAUUUUUUUUAAAUUUUCAAGUAAAAUCAAAUUUUUGGUGAAAAAUUGUUUAAGUGCUUUUUGUUCACAUUAAUAAAAGUGUGAAAAAUUUAUUGAGGUGGAAUAUUGUUCGAGUGAAGUGUAAAUAUUUAAAAUUUUACGGUUUUUCUGUGAUUUUUUCGUUUUUGUUUGAGUUCGCAAAUGAGCUUUAAGGUGUUGAUGGAAACUGUGCAUUAAAAAUUUAAGAAUAAUUUUGUAUUCGGUGGAUUUUUGGUUCAUAUUCGGAUCAUCAAGGAUUAAUGAAUGCACAAGUGGAUUAAUAAUUUUAUUGGAAUCAUAUCUCUUUGAGUUGCUGUUACCUUACCCCACGUUUAUACCUAUUUCUUAAUAAGGAAAAGAGGAAUUCAUCAACUGUGUAAACAAAAAGCUCAUAGUCCUUUUCUCCUUAUCAACAAAAUACAAAUCACAAAACCUUAUGGUUAAAAAUCAAGAGAAUCCUUAACAGAAUAAGAAAAAAGACUUUGUUUGUAAAUCAUAUCGUUGGAAGAAAAGAAAGUAAAGUGAAGUUAAUAUAAGUUAUACGAGGCUUACAUUUAAUUACCUCACACCACCCUCUUCCAUCACACUAAAUACAUAAAUAUAAAAAUAAUAAAAUCCGAGUUAACAAAAUGAGAAAAAUAAAAAAGACAAACAAGAAUCUGUUGCCCAAAACAAAAAAGUCGUAAAGAAACUUUAUGCGAUAAGCGAGAAGAGUCAAAGUCAUCAUAUCCUUCAAAAACUACUCAGAACAAAAAAAGGAAACACAGGAUUUAUUAUCCUAAGCAAAUGAAGUGAGCUCAAUCGCAAAAGGAGCAAAAGGAGGGACUUGGAAUAUAUAAAUCUGAAGAGAUUAAUUUGAGUACCUAUCGACAGAAAUGAAUACAAGUUGCAAAAGUUAUCCUUCUUUUGAAAUGAUGUCCUUCUCAUAACGAAAAAAAAGAAGAAGAUAAGUUUACUAAGUCAUUCGAAGCAGAUUGUUAAUAAAAAAUGUCUCCGAAGUCCAUGAAUGUCUUCCAAUUCUUAGAAAUUCAAUCAAAAGGACACUUCCAGCAACAGCAACUUCAACAACAACAACAACGACCACCACGAUAAUGUCAACCAACAGGCAACAACAACAACAACAAAGUACAAUCAUGACAACGAAUGAUAGAAUCCUGCAGAUGGCAGUUAGUGCUGCCUUAACAAUAUCAAAAUCCUCAACAUCUUCAUAUGACCCCUCCUCAAUUAUGGGUGUGAAUAUGAAUGUGAAUAUAAGUGAUGUUGGUGACGAUGUUACAGAUUUGGGUAUUGGUGAAAGGACAUCAAAUUUGUUACACAGGAACCUGGCUCACCACCACCUCACAACACGUUCCCUUAAUUCCAAUUUGGAUAGUCCAUCGUCGUCGUUACUAUCAUCAUCAUCAUCCUCGUCGUCCUUGUCGUCAUUGAAUUCUGUUUCUGUGAAUAAUUUCACUUCAAUCCUAACGAGAGCAACGACAUUGUUAACAACACCUGCAUCAACAUCACUAUCGCCAACAACGAUAUUGAGAAAUUCUACCAUCAUCAGUGGUAGUGGCGGCGGAGGUGGAGGCGUUGGGAGCGGUGAAGAUGAGAGCAGGUCCUUCACGCAAUUAUAUCCUGGGAGUUCGUCUUUUAUCACGAAUCAAAGUUACAAUUUAAGUGGAGUGUACAUAGAUGAGGAACCUUCGGGAGAGUAUGUCUUUGAUAGGACGGACGUGAGAGUGAUAUUUAUAACUUUGUAUACGAUGGUCUUUUGUUGCUGUUUUUUUGGAAAUCUUCUUGUUAUCCUUGUAGUCACACUAUCGAGACGUUUAAGAUCGAUAACGAAUUUUUUUCUAGCGAAUUUAGCUUUAGCCGACUUUUGUGUUGGACUCUUCUGUGUUAUGCAGAAUUUAUCAAUUUACCUUAUUGAUAGUUGGGUAUUUGGUGAAUUCCUCUGCAGGAUGUAUCAAUUUGUCCAUUCGCUGAGCUAUACUGCAUCAAUAUUUAUUCUGGUUGUAAUUUGCAUGGAGAGAUAUUUUGCAAUUGUUCAUCCGAUUACGUGCAAACAGAUAUUAACUGCUGCCAGACUAAGGAUGGUCAUAUUUACGGUAUGGAUAACAUCAGCCGUUUAUUCAACGCCAAAAUUUGUAUUCAGUAAAACUAUACGUAACGUGCACACAAGCGACGGAGCCGAGGAGGAUAUUUGUGUCCUCGAUAGGAAAAUGUUCAAUUCCAAAUUACUGGAUAUGAUAAAUUUUGGUUUAUUAUAUGUUACGCCAUUGUUGGUGAUGACGGUACUCUAUAGCAAAAUUGCAAUCGCUCUUUGGCGUAGCUCCCGGGGCUUAACCCAUCAUUUUGCACAACAGGACAAUACCAAUACCAGCAAGUGCCCAUCAUCGAACAACUCAACGGGUUUGUUAGCACGCAAGCAGAGCAGCAAAUAUGAUAAAAGGGGUGUGAACAUAAAGGACACUCAGAAUGACCAUUUAAAGGUAUCAAUGGAAUCAGAUCGUCCAAUUAUAUCCACCUGUCGAAAUAAAGCCAGUUUUCACCAUCAUCAGCGUCAAAAUACGCAGCGUGUAUCUCACAUGUCACAUUCAUCAAAUAACGUAUUGCGUGCCCGACGUGGUGUUGUUCGAAUGCUUAUUAUAUUCGUUUUAACAUUUGCAUUGUGCAAUUUACCAUAUCACGCACGAAAAAUGUGGCAAUAUUGGUCACGUUCCUACCGAGGCGAUUCAAACUUUAACGCCUUGCUGACACCACUAACAUUUCUCAUCACGUACUUUAAUUCGGGAGUGAAUCCCCUGCUUUAUGCAUUCCUGAGUCGAAAUUUUCGAAAAGGCAUGAAAGAGCUGCUGAUGUGCUCGUUGAAAAAGGGCAAAGGCAAAUCUUCAUCGACAUCGGUGCAUCAUAAGAGAGCUGCCCUGCAGGUGAGUACACAAUCCUUGCCAACGGAUUCAACACACAUUGGAAACGACCAACUAUGAUCCCGAUUGCAAAAUAAGAAAUCCCAUUUAAUUGGAAGAUAAAUAAAACAAAUUAAUAACAUUGCCAUGCCCCACACACAAGACACACACCAUCAUCUACGCCACAGACUAGAAAGGACAACAAAAUUCAAGUGUGGAUGUCUGGUGUCCUUGUGCGGUUAUGGAAUUUCUAUAAGUAACGACAUUUUUAUAGUCACUUAUAAGUGCUGCAAAGUCAUCGCACACAUUUUUACAAAAACAAAACGUGAACUUCCGCUCUUGGAUAAUUGUGCAAUUACCCUCUCAUCCUAUGACGAUAAAACUAAGAACAAAACACAAGUAAAAGAAGAAGCUAAGAAAUAGUCUUUCAACAGUAAUUAAUGUUAAGGUUUAUUUAUAUCUCAAAGAAUAUAAUACUAUCAAGCUUAGAAACUACCCAACUACCUAUCUAUCUUAAGAAUAAAAGCUGAAUACAAAAUAGUAUGGCGGAGGCGAAUUGAAACCAUCAAGCGAGGGCCAAGAAGUCCAUAUUAAAUUGUCCAAUCUUUGUCUCUUCUUGUAUUUUCAUAGAAACAAACUGAGAGAAAGAUAGAGUGUCCUUUUUUUAACAUUGUGAAAAGAAUAAAAACACAAAAAUAUUUUGCUUCCAGAAUUAUUGUCCAAGUCCUUCUGAGUUUUAGAAUAGUUUUGUAUUUUCUCUGAAGAGGACAUAACAAAAAUAAAAAUGUAGAAUGAGACAUCCUUUUCGUUUAACACGUACCAAGAAUUGAGAAAAUUCAAACAGAAAUUGUCCUUCUUAUCUCCCUACAGGAGCUGUAAAUUUCAAUGACAAAGAUAUAACAACGAGUGUUGUAGGUUUGUAUAUACUCGUUUGUAAGGAAGAAAAUGCACCUCUCAAGAUAGAGUAUAGGUACCUCGAGAGGACCGCACAGAGAUCAGGAUCUCCCUCCUAUCUCUAGGUACUGAACUGUUAAUAUUUUAUUUUUCCCAUGAAAGGAUUCUACCAAAGAAAAUACAAAAUGUCCUUAUUUUUGUUUCUUUCUUUUUUUCAACACUUCAGAGAAUAUUGUAAGCAAAGUUUUAUUCCUUCUUCCUCGUUCUACACUAACCAUGAAUGACAAUGAAAUAAAAAUAAGAAAAGUUGUUUGAAAAGAAAUUGUUACGGUAGUUUGUAAACAUUUUUUCUCCUUAAAAUAAAAUUGCAUACAAAUAUGAAAUAUCAAAAACGAAAAACAAAAUAUAUAAAUAAAUAAAUACAAUUUUACUUAUAAGCUUUGCAUUAAAAAAUUUAUUACUAUAUUAUUAAUAAUUCCUAUAUUAGGCAUUUGAAAUCAAAUUAAAUUUAUAUAUAUAAAUAUUUAUUAUGUAUAAAAUUAUAUAUACAUAUAUAUUCGCUGGUUAAUAAUGUUUACAUGAUAAAAAUAUAAAAUGUAAAAUGUUUUUUUAUAAAUAAAAUUAAUCAUAAGUUUUAAAUAUUGUAUUCAAGGAAAUUAAAACUAAGGAAAACCGAAAAAUUAAGCUCAAAGCUAAUUGUUUAAGAAGGAGGAGGUGGAGCAUUUUCUUUAAAUAUAAAUAAAAUAACAAA